AUGUCCAAUCACACAAGAGUGACUCACUUCAUCCUCAGGGGCUUCUCAGAUACCCGACAGCUGAGAUUGGUGGUCAUCCCAUUUUUCUUGCUUGUUUACACAUUUGGCCUCCUGGGGAACAUUUCCAUCAUCACAGCUGUGAUGAGAGACAGUAGGCUCCACUCGCCCAUGUAUUUCUUGCUGAAGAAUUUAUCUUUCCUGGACACAUGCUACACCUCGGCCACCAUCCCUAAGGCAGCGGUCAUAUCCUUCACAGGGACAGGGCUCAUCUCCUAUCUCGAGUGUGUAACACAGCUCCAUAUAUUUAUCACACUCUCUGCUACUGAAUGCUUUCUGCUCACGGCCAUGGCUUAUGACCGGUGCCUGGCCAUCCUCAGACCACUGCUCUAUGGAACCAUCAUGAGCCAGAAGUGUUGUUCUCAGCUGGUGGCCACUGCCUGGGUGAGUGGAGCCAUCGACUCAGCCUUCCACACGUUCAACGCCUUCUACCUCCCCUACUGUGGACCCAAUGUUGUUGAACACUUCUUCUGUUGUGACAUCCCUCCGGUCAUGAGACUGUCCUGUGCCGAUUAUCGUCUCAAUGAGGAGGUGGGCUUUGCGGUGAGCAGUUGCGUCGUCAUGAGCUCCUUCGCCCUCACCGUCCUCUCCAAUGUCGGCAUCACGUCCACAGUUCUUCGCAUCCCCUCAGAGCAUGGCAGUUGGAAGGCCUUUUCUACCUGCUCCUCUCACCUGACCACAGUCGUCUUGUUUUAUGACUUCAUGUACCUUAGACCUGCCUCUCGAUACUCCCCAACCCAGGGUCGCCUGGCAUCUAUUUUCUACUCUGUCCUCACCCCUUCUUUGAAUCCACUUGUCUAUUGUCUGAGGAACAAAGAUAUGAAGUUUGCUCUACAGAAACUUUAUUGUGGAAGAAAGUACUGA